AUGAGGCUCUCGUCCCGUAAAAUUCUUCGAUUACCGAAAUGUCUUCCUUGUCGUCGGGCUAUGCACACUGUUCCACCCUUGCGUAAUAGCAGUAGGGGUGGGGGUAGCGGUACCACCAGCGACCGCAGUGCGAACAGGCAGAUCGCCAAGAUGGAGAAAUUGGAGGAUCUCGUGUUCGCUCAGGCAGCUUACAUUUCGUCUACGGCUAGGAGCUCGGAUACGGAAGCAUUGAACGAGAGGAUGGAAAAGUUGGAGGGGGUGCAGGCUGCCCAGGAGGCUGAGAUCAAGGAGGCUAAGAAACGGAGUGCUGGGGUGGAGGCAAUUGUGAAGAGGAUCAAGGAAAUGGAGAACAAGAUUCUGUCUCAAAAUGCGCAGAUCGGGAGGGAGGGUAAUCGAGUUGGCGAUCUGGAGUUGAAGGUCACUUUGGUUGAGCAGAGGCAGAACAGCAACAAUGCGAAGAUUGGUAGCAUCGAGAAGUCGAUCACGACCAUGGUCACGGCAAAGGCGGCGGAUAAGUACAUGUCUACAACGAAACAAGAGAUUGCGACACUAUUCAACCGAAUUGAGGCUCUGGAGGCGUUGGGAUACACGGCUCAGGGUGGAGGGGGGAUGGCAAGGCCGGAUAGUCCAACGGUCCUCACCCCUGCUGCCAAAUCCGGAAAGCCAUCCCCACUGGAUAUCCGCCUCGAAAAACUUUUCAUAGACCUCAAACACCACCCCCGCCGGUUCGUGCCACCUUCACCGCAGAGCACGCCACUCAGUGAAUUCUCCUUCGCACCAAAUUCCGCCCCGGUACCCUCCCAACGGCUAAUUCGCAAUGGAGAUCCCAAGCAAGUACUCCUCUUCAUAGAUGGGUCCUGCAUGGGGGCUGGAAGCCCAGAUUCGCGUCCUGGCUACGGUGUAUACUUCCGUCGGGAGGACAACGUCUACGGCAGGCUGGAGGAGUACGAUGGGGACGACAGCGCAUCGGGAGUAGCGGAACUCUGGGCCGCCGUCAUUGCACUUCAAUUGAGGCCGUGGCGCGAGGAAGGUUUUGACCGAGUUGUCCUGGCCUGCGAUGCAGAAUACGUGGUCAUGGGCGUGUGCGAGUUGGCCGAGAAGUGGGCGGCGAAGGAUUGGAAAGCCGGGGGGAAAGCUAUCUCCGGAAGGGAAGCCUGGGAGAAGUUGCUAUUUGAAUUGGCUGUGCAAGAGGCUAGGGGGGUUCGUGUACAGUUUUGGUUGAUCCCUAGGAAGCUCAAUUUGGCGGACCCGGUGGCUAGAAAGGGCGCUGUAAGUUAUAUUCAUUUUUUUAACCCUCUCCCUCAAACUAUUUGUCAUGUGAGAAACCUAAUUGGAGUGCUGGGACCUAGGGAUUUGAUAUGGCGGAGAUUAGAUCUCGAAAUGAGCUACUACUGCGGGCACCGCUCCCUGCGCUUCCGCCAGAACGAGGUCGAGUGGUGCCCGAUUUUCGGGGGAAGCGGACGGCUCCACCGGGGGAGCCUGAGCCUCGAGAAAGACAACUGGUGGACGGACGACGGGAGUUGCUUCGAGGGCUGUUUGGAUCGAUGUUUGGUUUUCUGAGACGUAAGCCACUAACCACCGGGUAUUAAACUCUACACGCCUUUCAAGUUCAAACUCUCCUAUGCUCUCCAUUAUAUACAACCUUACCCUAAUCAUUUCUAUUUUCUAUGCAGCCCAUCAUCCAAUAAAGCACCAAUAAAUUCGAAUCCGGCUCCCGAACAGAAGGCAAUCAAAGGAUCACCAAAAAAACUAGAAAAUGAAAAAACCGAAAAAAAAGAUAGAAUCGCUUCUCUUUCUGUAAUUCCACUGUUUCCUCCACGUGAAUGGCCGCGAGGCCUUAGUCACAGCCAACUCGAUUACAUCCAGAGCCACAAUUCACAAGUAUCUCAGGUGCCCCUCUCAGACCCGAGCGUUCCCAUCGACGAGCGGCGACUAGCGUACCAUCGAUCCCUCCUUUUAAACCCCCACCUCGAUCUAGAAGCACUGGAGCCGCACGCGGUCACCGACGUCGACUUUGCGACUCUCCGCAAGGAUUACCACAUCAGCCGGCUGAUACGAGCCACCUUCGAGGAUCCAUUCCCGAAGAAGGAACACAAACACAUUAGAGCCGAUCUGGAGCGCAUCACCAGCCUCUCCACGGGGCUGAUAGGCGCUAAUCCUGGAUCCGUCGACGUCAUCAGAGCGAACAAGAGGAGGAUUGAAGAUGCAGCCGCCCUAGCAGCAGUUAAUAUCAAGAGGGCAAGGAAGCUGGAUACUUCAUGCCGUGACCAGGCUCUUUCCUUGAAGAGGCGGGUGGCUGGCUUGUCGAGUUCAACUGUGAGCGUGGCUUUCCGAAGGAUGAUUUGGGAAUCCACGGUUGUCAAGAUCGAAGCUACGGUUAGGGAAUUGGCAGCUGAUGUGCAAAGGGCGGCUGGCAUGAUUGCCGUGCUUGACCGGAUGGAUCGCGAUCACGAGGCUUGGGAGAAGAGGGCUAGUGAGAGGGGGGAGUCAAAUGAGGGCGCUAAACAGGUUAGCCUGUGAUUGAAAUUCGCUACUUGUGGCCUUAUAUAUAUUGUAUGCGGUGGCGGCGAUGGUGGUGGGGUACUAAUGGGGGGCGGGUUAUCUUCCUCUGCCCUAUUUUGCUGUUGUUGGUGUAUAUCAUUUGUAUAGUACGAUACGUGAGCUUGUAGAUAGGCACUUGGGAGUGUAUAGACUUUGGAAACAUCGCUACUCUUGUAUUACGGCGUUAACUCACUCGGCAUAGUAUGGAAUUCUCACUCUGCAGGUGUUCUGGACAGGAUUUGUGGGUUUAAUUUUCGUUUAUCACGUCCUAAAGUGUCUUUCUCUCCUAGAUUAGAAGCCGGUGCAAUACUAGAGCAUGCGUUUUGC